AUGUCUGAAAGUCAUAUUCCUGCUUGGAAGAGAAUUGCUCUAAAGCAAAAGAGUACAGAAAACCAAAAUGAAGUCAACGAGCAAAAUCAAUCUAAUAUAGUAGAUGAUGAUCCGUUAAAUAUUACCACACAUUUAUCUACCGGUAACUUAACAAAGAAGGAGAAAAGACGAAUCAUUAAUGGCGAAAAUAAAUUACCUACCAAAAAGGAGAAACGUGUGUCCAAACCAGGUUCGAAAAAGAAGGAAAAAUUAUCAAGAGAAGAAAAGAACUCAAAAAAGAGUAAAAUUCUUAAAGACCAGCUACGUUACUUAAUAGAGUUCUUCAAAACUAAGUCAGAAACAAAAUUCCCACACUCUGUUUUAGAAUUGGAAAGUGUGAAGGAAAACUAUGGCGAUUCUUUAAAUAAGGUUAUAUCAGCAGAAUCUGGUGUUGUUGAAGUUUGGAAGUUUUCUAAACAAAAGCAAAAUUGGCUCAUCAAGCAUCUUUUUAAUUUAGAUGAAAUUCCAUCUGUGUACAAUGAUCUUUUGCUAUUAUAUUUCAAGGAUCUACAAGGAAGAUCAAAAGAUGAACUAAUAUCGAAAUGUCAAGAAAAACUAAAACAGUGGAAUGAUUAUGCAGAAGAUCAAGAAGAAAAAAUAAAAGCGCUAGUUGAAGGAGAAAAAACUAGUGAACAGUCUAAGGAGGAAAACACGGAUGACAGUAAGGAAGAUGAUGAAGCCGUAAAAGAAGAACAAAAAGUUGAGGUACAAAUGCCCAAUAAAGAGCUUGUGCAAAGAAGUUUGGAAUUAUUAGAGACUUGGAAGGAUGACAGCUCGAAAACAAUUGAGCUAAAAAACUUUUCUAUCGACAAUUAA